GGUUUGAAUAACGGGAAGCGUGUCUAUGGGGUAUGGCUUCCAGCACAGCUGACACUGACAGCUCUGCUAAACCGCACCACUGAACACGAAGAAGAAAAAGAGAGGGCGAUGGCGGGAAGGGCUAAACGGAAAACCUCUGCUUCUGCUUCACCCUCUUCUUCUGUUCCUUCCCGCAAACUAGUGUUGAACAUCAAAACAAGCAGGGGGAUGAAGAGAUCACUGCGGCAGGCUAAUUCGAGAAAGAAACCCAAAGCAAAACAAAAGAUUGAUGCUAAGAAGCCAAAGAAACCUCCCACCGCUUUCUUCUACUUCUUGGAGGAUUUUCGUAAAGAAUUUCAAGAGCAGAACCCCGAUGUCAAGUCAAUGCGAGAUAUUGGCAAGGCAUGUGGAGAGAAGUGGAAAACGAUGACUUAUGAGGAGAAGGUUCAAUACUAUGAUAUAGCAACAGAAAAGCGCGCAGAAUUUGAUAUGGCAAUGGCAGAAUAUAAUAAGAAAAUGGAAAACGGUGAAUUUGAAGACACUGAUGAAUGAUCGGAUUUUGAUGAAUAAGACCCAUGUAAUUAUUAUUAAUUAGCUAGAUAGAAGGUUUGGAACUGUUUGAAUUAAAGCUGCUUGGUCUGAAAUUGUACAUCUAGUUUGUAGUCAUCUCUGCUUUAUCCUUGUGAAUAACUAUCAUUCUCUCUAUCAAUUUUUUUGUGUAAAGUACAUCUGUUAAUUCCAUUUGGAAGCUUAGUAAUAGAAUUGCAGAUUUUUGGGCAUAAUGCUUAGUAGAAUGUUUUCUUGUAACAUUAUUUCUCUUAAUGUUAUCAAACUUGCGAGUUUAUAAACUCGUGGAGUUCACCUAGACUCGACUCAAAAAGUUGAAACUCGUUCGAGUUUAUUUGUUGUGAAUUUAUUUUUUUAAAAAAAUAUAUAUCAUACAAUCAUACAUAAGAUAUAUAUUUACUUAAAUCUGAUCAUUUAAAUUUAACAAUUUCACCACAUAACACAUAAUAAAUUAAAAUAAUAGUACAUGUUAUAAUAAUUACAUUCAAAUCUUUAACAAUUAUACAACUAGUGCAAUGCAGAACACAGGCACAAAGCAAAAGCACAAGCUCGAAACAGAAGCAGGGAAUAGAACUUAAAAGCUCGUAUCAGAGUUAGAACUCAGAAGCAGAUGCAACAAGAGCCAAAAAAGAUGAAGUAAAACCAAAAUGCGUGAGCGAUGAAGGAGGACAGAGGAAAGAGAAGGUCGAGAAGCACGAAGAAGACGGAGGCUAAGAGCAUCAAAGCUAGAUGGCAAAUGAUGAGUUUUUUUUUUUUUUUAAAAGCUCAAACGACAUAAUUUUGGCUCAAAAUGGGGUGAAAAAAUCAAACUCGCAAACUCAGGAGUAAACUCACGAGUUUGGGUGAGUUUGUUUCUAACCGAGUCAACUUGAUUCUUCUACCCAGAAAAAUAAACUUGGAAGACAUAAAUUUGGAAGAUUCUAUGAGUUAACUUGA